GUGAUCUUCACCGCUUAGGCGCGCGUCUUCACAUGGACUGCGCAUGCUCCUUGCUCCUUGAGUUUGAGAAUAAACCACGCCCACGUGUUGUCAGACUCGAAACGCCAAGUGUUUAUUCUGAUUCAGCAAAAAUCUAGUGUCCACACACACAGUUACAGCCACAUUUCCUGAAUAAACUCGACAUUAACAGUCAUGGCGCAGAAUAUGAUGCUUUACUGGGUCUCGGGCUCUCCGCCGUGCUGGAGGGUCAUGAUCGCGCUGGAGGAGAAGAAGCUGCAGGGAUACAAACACAAACUUUUGUCGUUUGACAAGAAAGAGCAUCAGAGUGCAGAAGUGAAGGCUCUCAAUCCCAGAGCUCAGAUUCCAACUUUCAAGCAUGGAGACCUCAUCGUGAACGAGUCUUUCGCCGCGUGUCUGUAUCUGGAGAGUGCGUUCAAGUCUCAAGGAACCCGUCUGAUCCCAGAUGAUCCAGCUGAACAGGCGCUCGUCUACCAGCGGAUGUUUGAGACCAACAACCUGCAUCAGAAAAUGGAUGACGUGGCCUUCUAUGAGUGGUUCGUACCCGAAGGAGAGCGACACGAAUCGGCCCUGAAGAGGAAUAAAGAGAAUUUAGUUACCGAGCUGAAACUGUGGGACGGAUACUUGGAGAAGAUGGGUAAAGGGUCGUACCUCGCCGGCAAGAACUUCACCAUGGCGGACGUGGUUUGUUUCCCCACCAUCGCAUAUUUCCCACGAUUUCACUGUCCUAAAGAGAAAUGCCCUCGACUGAUAGAGUAUUAUGAAAUGGUGAAGGAUCGUCCCAGUAUUAAAGCCAGCUGGCCUCCGCACUGGCUGGACAAUCCUGUUGGUCAGGACGCGCUGAAGAACCUGUGAGGAACACGAGAUGUCUCCAACUUCCAAAAAUUGUACAUUUAUUUGUAUUUUAGUGUAAAAUAAUAUGAAAUGUAAGGUUAGUUUCAAAGACAAGUGACAGAACGGAUGGUGAAAACGUCAGACGUAGUAAAGGUGCUAAAGAGGAUGUUUUGUUUUAUACAUUUUUGCAAUAUUACUUGAAACUGUCUUUACUAACUGAUAAAAGACUAUUUAUUAGGUGCACUGAAAGGAAUAAUAUUAAUAUA